GUUUUUAUUAGAUCAAUAUGAAUAACGAGUAUAAAAUAAACAUACUGUAAAAGGAAAAUGUUUGGCUCCUUAAAAUUGAAGAGGAGCUUCUCUCUAACAAGAAAUGGAAUUUUGUUUAACUUUUUUUUUUUUUUGAAUUUUACAAGUGUGUCAUUAUCUCAUUUUGUUACGAGAACUCAAUUUUAAGGAGCCAAGCGAUACUCUUAAAAUAAUUACGGUAAGAGUGUGGACAAUAAAAUUCCAGAGACUCCCAGAAUAAAAUUACCCACAAAUUAUUUUAUAUAUAUAUAUAUAGAGUGAUGAAGGGGGUGAGAGUGUGAAAUUGCAUAUCCAAGAAUCCCGAAGACCCUUUUUGGGUCCCUCACUCAAUUGUGUCUUUAUCCACACCUUUUUGUCCUUGUGAUCCUUUCUCAAGUUUUUUUCCUCUCCCUCCUUUACUUGCCGGUCUCCUUUAUAGCAGCUUCUUCUUUGUUCCAACUUUCUUUUUUCUUUUUUCUUUUUUUCCCAUUAUUAUCCAUGUCUUCACCCUCAACUUCAUCAUCUUCUUCAUCUCAAGAUGGAAACCACAGUGCCAAUGCAGCUGGCCCUAGCAAUGUACAAAGAGGUGGUGAUUUUGAAGGCCCAUCCUCAUCCAGACGACGUGCCGUAAACGAGGUCUGGCCUGAGCCUUUUGUGGAAGCCCUCGCUACCCAAGUUGCCAUUGAUGCCUCUCGCUCCAUGGGAAGGCUUGCUGCAGCUCCUGCUCUUGCCAAUGUGUUUCAGAUUUGUUCAACGUGGCGCGCCGUCUCCCGCUCGGACCUCCUAUGGCAUCGACUCACGCGCCUUGUUUGGGGUAGGACUCGCCUCCUCCAGGACACGUGGCGCGACGAGUACGUCUACUGGCAUCGGACGGCUAGGAACUUCCAGACCCGUAGAUCGGUCCACACAACACUCUACUUCGACCCGUCCGACGUGGAAGAUUCCAACGGCUUCACCUGCCGCUGCCUCACGCUCUCCGACGCCCACCUCGCCUGCGGCUUCGCCGACGGCGCCGUCCGCGUCUUCCACCUCGACACCCGCCUCCACGUCAACACUUUCCGGCCCCACCUCCGCGACCGCCUCGGCCCAUUCUCCCGCGCCGUCACCGGCAUCGUCAUAACCGACUCCAAACUCGUCUUCGCCACGCUGGACGGCGACAUCCACGUGGCGAUCAUCGGGAUCCCCCAGAUCACGCGCCGGGUCCACCUGGGCGAGGUGGUCAACGACGGAGCCCUGGUCGACUUCACGGGCUGCGAGAGGUUUUGGGUCGGGCUCUACGCAGGCGUACCGGGUCGGGCCUUCCACAUAUGGGAUGGCGUGACGGAGCAGUUGACUUUCGUGGGCGGUACGUUGACCGAUCCGGAGGCGGUGAUGGGGUGGCACAUGCUGACCGAGAUGACCGGGUUCGUGGGCCGAGUCCGAGUCACGAGUCGCGAAUCGGCCGUGGCGUGCACGAGCUCGCGCGUGAUGGUCUUCGAUCUGACGAACCAGGGGCUCGUGUUGGGUGAUGAAGAGUACAGGAACGGGAGGGAGAUAAUUGUGACCUCGGUUGACGUCAGCAGCGCGGCGUACGUUAUCGCGGAGAGGAGGAGGGGGCUGGCUAGGUUGGCUAGGUUGGCUAGGGUGCGUCAGGUGGACACUAUGGAGGAGGUGUGCAGGUUCAACGUGAGGGGGGCGGCGGAGAUGGAGGCGAUGGGGUGCAUGAACGAGGGGUACGCGCUAAUGUGCACCGAUGGCGUGGUGAGUGUGUGGGAGGUGGAGAGGGGCGCAUAUCUGUACAGGUUCAGGGAGAGGAUCGGGGACGUCAAUGCGAUGGUGUGCGACGAACGACAUGUCGCAGCGUGCUCGAGUGAUACGACACUGCACCUAUGGGACUUUGGGGCUGCAGAUUAAUUAAAUUAAUUAGGGGAUUUAGUUAGUUAAUGAAUUAUGGGACAGGGGAUUUAGUUAGUUAAUGAAUUAUGGGACUUUGGGGCUGCAGAUUAAUUAAGUUAAUUAGGGGAUUUAGUUAGUUAAUGAGUUAAUUAACUGGGUGUAGUGUAGGGAGGGAGAGAGGGGGUGGUUAUUGGCUAUUGGGAGAUGGUGACACUGACAAAACAAAGAAGCAGAAGAGGAAAGCAAAAUGGAAAUUGUGGUGGUCAGAUUAAUGUUAUGGAGGAAACUGACAUAACAAGUGUACUUAUGAUUUGGGUGGUGAUAUCAUCAGAUUGUUCAGAUAUCAUCUAUAAGAGAAAGAGAGAGAGAGAGUUGACCUGACCCUACACAACUACUAAAAGUGAGCUUUUUGAAUUAUUUGGACAUGUUUUAAUUUUCCAAGUCUAGUUUGUUCAGGUUCUGGGGCUCUUUCUGACUAGUUGCUUUCUAUUGUACUUUUUAUUAAAAUCAUGUUAUUGAUUUGUACUGAAUUGGGUUCUAUUCUAUGAGAAAAUACCAAAAAAC